GUAAUGAAAAUUCAAUUCCUUUUGGCAUGCAUUGUUCUUGCAUCCACUCAAUCUUCAUUCCUUGAAGAAUCUAUAAUAAACAGAUCCUUUGCCCCAAUGACUAAUAUAUUCUUAGAGAAAUCAACCGAUCAAAUACAACCAUUAGAAACAGCAACUCCUCCUGAAACAUUCCUAACAGCCACACUUGAUACAUACAUCAAUGCUCAAGCAUAAUAAUAAAUUCUAAUUGCUUAAUAAUACGAGUCUGAUAUGCCAGCUUAGGGUGAUUGUAUUAUUCUUUAUGGAGAAUGCGAAUUCAAAGGACCUUCUUUCAAAUAUUGUGAUUAACCUGGAGAAUACAUCAAAUUUGAAAUCCCUGUUCAUUCUGUUUACAUUCCUAUUGGGUAUUCAAUACAUUUAUUUUAGUAUGUCACUCAAAAUUAAAGAUGCUCUUUAUGGAAACAAGCUUAAUUUAAUUUAUAGUCACGAAUGUAUAUCCGAAGGAAUUCACAUUCCAGAACCUAAAAUUUAUGAAGAUCAUCCUAAUGAAUGGUUUGGUGAAAUUAAAGAAUCUGAAAAGGCUGUCCUCGAUAGCGGUGUACUUAACACUCCAUAAAUAAAAUAUUAUGACAAUGAUGGAAAUGUCAUCUGUAAUAUAAUAAAGUUAUAAAUAUUUAGCUAAGGAUGCUUAUUAGAAAUUAAUAGAAGCUGAUUUAUAAAAAUCUCACGAUUUCUACCUUGGAAUAGUUGAAUAGCCAGAUUAUUCUACUCCUGAAUAAUCACAAUAAGCUGACACUAAUCAAUGAA